AAACGACCUCCACAAGUCUUCUCAUUGUUAAACAAAUCCAAUUCCCAAUCAAUUUCAAAUAUCUGGAAAACCUCAAAAUCCUCACCGAUCAAAAAUUUUUUAUCGCACAGGAUCAAGAAUUUUCAAUUUCUGCAUGUACACGCCUGAAUUCUAAUGCUUUUUUGCAGCUUCGGAUAUUAAGGUUUCAAUUGGAGUUCAAUUUAAUGAAAAGAAAAUGAAGAAAUCAAAAUUACUGCAGAAUUCUAAGGACAUGCUUUCCAGGAGCUUCAAUCCUGCCAAAUGCAAGACGUCGUUGAAGCUGGCAGCUUCAAGGCUGAAGCUAUUGAAGAACAAGAAGGAAGUGCAAGUGAGACAGAUGAAGAGGGAAUUAGCGCAGUUGCUUGAGUCUGGUAACAUCCAGACUGCUCGAAUUCGGGUUGAACAUGUAGUUAGGGAAGAGAAAAUGAUGGCAGCAUAUGAUCUUAUCGAGAUUUAUUGCGAACUUGUUGUUGCUCGCAUGCCUAUCAUUGAGUCACAGAAGAACUGCCCCAUCGACCUGAAGGAAGCAAUUACUAGUUUAGUAUUUGCAUCACCAAGAUGUGGAGAUGUACCCGAACUUCUAGAUGUACGGAAACAUUUUACAGCGAAAUAUGGAAAAGAAUUCACCACAGCAGCCAUAGAGCUUCGUCCAGAGUGUGGUGUAAGCCGCAUGUUGGUUGAGAAGUUAUCUGCAAUAGCACCUGAUGGACAGACCAAAAUUAAAAUAUUGAGUGCAAUUGCAGAGGAGCACAACGUGAAAUGGGAUCCGAAUUCAUUUGGAGAGAAAGAUGGGACGCCUCACAAUGACUUGCUGAGUGGACCAAGUACAAUUGAAAACAGCAGUAAAAUGUAUGCCGGAGCUCCUCUUUUUGAAGCUUCGCAGAGCCAAUCUCCUCCUGUUAAUAAUAAGACGCAUAGUUCCCUGUUGAACUUUUCAGAGCAGGAUCCUAGAUCCUCAGUGGAGACACAAAACUCCACUUCUUCCCAAAGUUUUGGUGUCAGCUCAACACUCAAUUCCGAAGUGAGGCCUCCAGCAGUACGUGAUGAGAGGGUACAAUCAAUACACGAGGAUGCAAAUGCUUUCUCAAAGCAGAGAUGGAAUAUGGGGUUCAAGGAUGCAACUUCUGCUGCACAGGCUGCCGCUGAGUCUGCAGAACUUGCAAGUAUGGCCGCUAGAGCUGCUGCAGAACUCUCAAGCCAAGGCAGAAUUACUAGGCAGUAUUCCACAGAAUCACACAUGUCAGACGUUCAUAUUUCAAGACAUGGACCUGAAAAGUCCACUUCAAAAUUGAGCAGUGAAAAUUUUCCCGAUUAUUCUGCAAACAUGUCUUCUGGACAUAGUAGGUUAAAGAAUGAUGCUGUAGAUCAGGUUGGACAUGAUGAUAAUUUGAAGACAGGUGCUGGAAGAUUCUCUGAGGAUGGUUAUGGCAGUAGAAAGGGAUUCAGUCAGUCUGCUUCUAUAAGAUCUAAAACUUCAAUUAAUGACUCAUUGGAUCAUGAUAUCCGAGUUGUAGAGGGGUAUUCUCAGAAGAACUCAGUAAAGGAGGACGAUAUGGACAAAAUGAAUAUGAAGAAGAGCAAUGAAGGUGAAGCAAGCAUGAAGAAACAGUCUGUCUAUGAUUCUGAGAGUGCAAAUGGGUGGCACGAGAAAUAUGAGAAUUUCCCAGAGGAAAGGCUUAGGAAACAACCCAGUCAUAUUUCUUCCACUUCUCACUCCAGAAAUUUCAGCGAUGAAAACAUUUUUGCAAAUUCUGAACGGGAGCAUUCUAUCUACAAUGCUGACAGUACAAAUGAGUGGCAGGAGAAAUCUGACAAUUUCCAUGAAGAAAGGAUUAGGAAACAGCCCGGUCAUAUCUCUACCGAUUCCCAUUCUAGCAUUUUCAGGGACGAGAUCAUUUAUGCAAGUUAUGAACAUCAAAAAUUUGGAUAUGACGCUGGUGAGGAUCCUUUGGUGGGUAUUGGCAAGGGAAGAUUUGAUCAAGGUGCAUCACAGACAAGUCCUCAUGAUCUUACUUCUGCAGUAUUUGACAAAUCUGAUUCAGAUAGUGAUGAUUAUGGGUUUAAUAUGGGCAGCAACUAUGAUGAGCAGGAGACGGAAGUUCAUUUUUCAUCAUCAGGCAAGAAAUCACCUAAGUACUCUCCUAUAAAACAAGAUGCUUGGAACCCUAGAACUAGCUCAAUCAAAUUCGUUGAGAAUUCCACUUCAUCACUAUUUUUCACAGAUGAUCAUACAUCCCCUGAGUUCCCUGAUAAUUUUGUGCCUGUGACCUUUGAUGAUUCCGAUGGCCCAUAUUCUGACAGUGAUGAACAUAUGGAUAAGUUUGGUCAUAUUGGGACUAAAGAUUCUACAUAUCUUCCAAGUAUACAAAAUAACAUUCCAAAAUCAGUUAGACCAUCAUUAAAAGAGAUAAGAUCUGAAGGAAAACAACGGUCACUUUUCUCUGAUGACAAAGUCAAGUCUGAGGAACAUAUGGAUGGGUUUGAUCCUGAUGAAACAAAAGAUUCUCUAAAUCUUCCAAGUAGACAAAAUAAAAGUUCUCAAUCAGUUAGAUCAUCAUUUAAGGAGAAAGGAUAUUCAGGAAAUAACAGACAACAACGAGCGUUUCUCUCUGAUGAUGAAGUCAACUUCGAGGAAGUCCAUGGGGAAAACAACCAAGGUGUUAAAUUUGAUGCUGUUUCUCCAAAAAUAUUUAGUUCCAAGGAGUCUUUCGCUAAUCAGCCUUCUCCAGGACCUGAAAAAUUUAAGUUGGGCUCAGAAGAUACUGGCAGCAAAUUGAAUUUAGAGAGCGGGAAUGGGCUGAAUUUUGGAAAGCUCACUGGUGGAUUUCGUCACAAGGGUAAUAUCCCUCCCCCUUACUUGAAGAGUCGAUUGGAUAAUCCAUUAUCGUUGAAGAAAAAAGCUGAGGAGACGGUUCCUGUAGAUGCUGCUUCCCCUACUGUCGAGAGUUCCAGGUUAAGCACAAAGUUAGAUGAUAAGAAAAGCAUGAGAGGACGAGAUCCCCAGCCUGAUAUGGAUAUCGACAGUUCUGAAGAAGAAACGUCUCAAAAGGAGACAUCAGGUCACAGACAAGAAUCAUAUAUUCAUAGUGCAGGCAACGCAGUUAAGAAAAAGUCAAUUUUUGGACCUCCAGUUUCGGUUUUUGGUUCUUAUAAUAGUGAUUCGGAUGAAGAUAUUCCAAAAAAUUCCCUCAAUAGGAAAAGCCAUCUGCAAAGUGGAAUUUCUCGUAGGACAAAAGCUUCUUAUCCUAAGACGCAGCCUGAUUCUGAUUCUGGAAAGGGAAGGAAAGUAUUGACCUCUUCUAGUACUGAAACUCCUCAAGAAUCUCCGUCACAAACACGAAACUCUGAUAAUAGGGAAAAUCUCAAGCAGCCCACCGCAGCAAAAGUGACUUCUAAGCCCACUUCUUAUCCUACGACUCAUCUUGAUUCUGGUUCUGGAAUCGAAAGAAAACCCUCAAGCUCCUACAAUAUUGAAACUACACAAGAAUCUCGGUCCCAAACAAAGAACUCCAAUACAAGGGAAAUUCUGGAGCACCCCACCUCAGCAGAAGUGGCUUCUAAGCCCAUGAACUUGAAUUUUUCCAGAGCUUAUGAUCGUCCUACUCAAGCAAAACCAGCUUCUACCACAAUGCAGGAGUCGAAGAUCUCUCAUAAGUCAUCUGAUAUAGAUCAACCAUCUAGUUCUCAGCCAAGGAAAGAGGCAACGGAUAGUAGUGAAAACCAAAAACCAACAUUGAGUAAGACUUAUUCAAAUAUUGUAGACAAUGCGAAGCAAGCUAGUCAUGUUCAUCCAAAGCUCCCCGACUAUGAUACUAUAGCUGCUAAAUUACUAUCUCUUCGGCAGAAUCGGCAAUGAUAUAUAUAUUUUUUUAAUCUCAAGUCUUUUGUUACAUGUCAUUCUUUUCUAUGCACUGCAUUGGCUUUAUUACAGGUAUAAAGUUGAUGUUUAUAUAUACUUUUGAAAACAGAACCAGUCUCUGUCUGUUGUCACAUGAAAGAUACGCAUUUUCUUUAUUCUUUAGGUUGUCUAAAUCGCAUUGCUCAUACAUUGUGCUAUUGUAAUACUAAGCUUUCAUUCGAGAGAUUUGAGUUGGCUGGUGCAUAAAGAGCUAGAUUGUUUGAACUUCAGUUUGAAACACAGUUUUGUUAAAUAUGAAUCAAAAUAUUAUUGUGUAAUACUGUACGACUCCAUUGUAUCUUCAUUAACACUUAUCUGAACAUGGCUUUGAA